AUGGCGUCUAUCUUUGGGCUGCUGGACAAACGGCAACGACAAGCGGACGAUGCACAGUUCGCACAGGACUUGGACUUCUCCUACGAGGAGCGUGCGGACUUAUUGGCCGAUCUCUUGGAGGAUGACACCUCGCUCUUUCCAUUGUUGGAUUGUCCACCGGAGGUCUUGUCCUCGGUGCUGCUUCUUUCAGAAGCGGUGACGGCAGUGCGGAUGCGACCGCUGUGCCGUCAGAUGCGAGUGGCCGUGGACGGCAAUGAAGGCCUCUGGAGUCUGCUGACCUUGCGCGACUUCGCGGAUUUGGGGGGCACCACCAAGCACUACGUGGGUCUCAAGACCUUGGCUGAGUGGGAUGAGUCAAAUGCCACCAGGCGCUUGGAGUGGGAUCCCCUGAUGAUUUGCGCUCCGCCACCGCUGCGCUAUUCACUCUUAGCAGCCAUGCAGGUGAGACGACAGCUUUGGUCCAAGCAUGGACCAUCCUUGGGGGCUGGCUGGGAUUGGUUCAGCGCCAAGGUUUGCCGUCGGAUGGCCGUGCCCACCUUCCUCCGCUGGGCGUCGCUGCAGCACGAGCCGCAAUACCUCCAAGCCUUGCUACGCCCGCUCGGCCUCUCCACCGAGGGCGUCAGAAAGCGCCGCGCGGCCGAGGUGGCGGGGACCGCCAACUCCGCAGCGACGGGGCCUCAUGAGGCCCCCGAAGCCAAGCGCAGCAAGGCGAACGACACAGGCACUUGCGGCAUGCGCUUCCGCUGCGGGAGGAGCGACCAGGUGGAGCUAAGCGAAGAAGCGGUUGUCGACAUCUACGAGACGGUGCAACGGUGGCACACCCAGGAGCACAGGGAGAUGAUGAGGCAGCACUUCCGCGGCGGAGACGAGAAGAAGAAGGAAGGCAACCUGCCGCGCAGCAACAGUGGAGCCUUCAGCGUCACGCCCACUCUGGACGCCCACGAAGCGGCGGUCUUUGCGCUGAACGACUACGAGUCGGAGCUGACGCCUGCCGGGCCUGCGGGGCCGGCCAAGGUGCCAGCGUCCACGGGAGCUUCCCGUGGAGCCGCGUCAAGACACAUCGAGGAGGCCCAGCUGAGGCUGGCGAUGGAGUUGUCGAAGAAGGAGGCCGAGGAGGCAGCUUCCGCUCCACCCGUGGCCGUCGAGGAGAAGGCGGAGCCUGAGGAAGCGCCGAAAGAAGAGAGGAGGGAAGAGGUUGUUGCUGCUGAGCCUGAGGAGCCUCGGGAGCCGGAGUUUGAGGGUUUGCCCUUGCGUGGGGAAGGUGGUCAGGCGGCGGCGCAAGUCUUCGUGAAGCCGCACUGCCUGGCGCAGCGCGUCGAGGCGUUGCCCGACGCCCUGGAGCGCUCUAUCGAGUCCAUCGUGCACAAGCUGGUGACACCCAGCAGUUGGGCCCUGCUGUACGAGUCCGUGACCGAAGAGCUUUGUUUGCGAGCGAAGUGUGCAGCACAUGCCUUAUGCGCUUCGCACGCGAAGGCCAUGGAUCAGCUGGAUGACUUGGCCACUGGAGAGGCGGCCAAGUCACAGGGCGCCGACCAGAUCUCGUUGGACCAUGAGCGGAUGUGCUUGCCGAUUUGGAGAAAAAGUUUCGUGAUGUCUGGGCUCUCGUGCCUGUCACCCGAGGGUGGAGUGCAAAACAGAGCCCAGCACACCGCGCAGCUGCGGCUCAAUGGCGCGAGGCACGCAUUCCUGAGGCACGCCAUGCUCGAGUGGUGUGAGCUUGAGGACUUGACAGAGUUCCUCGAUGCACAGCUGGGGCCGCUGGAAAUGGCCAUCGACAACUUUCGGGGCAGCCAGGACGUCACCCGCGCCGCGCACACGCCCCACGUCCGGGACAUCGGCCGGCUCAUGUUCCGGAACCAUUGCCUUUUGGAUUCUCGAGUUUUCAGGCCCUUGUGUUUGGCGGCCUAUGCAUUAGUCCACGAGAUCCAGCGGGCAUCCUUGCGGUCGCAAGAGGAGGAGUUGGAUGGGCUCAUCGAUUUGCUGGAACAGUUCCACGGGAUGUUGGCCGCUUGCGACGUUCAAGACGAUCAUUUGUCCAACUCCAAGAACACCAAGGAGUCCUUUGGCGACAACCUGGUGUCCCCCAUCUCUGCGGCCGUCGAGACAUCCGAGGGCAUCCAUCUCGAGAUUUGCCCAGUGACAGAGGCCGUGGCUUCAAGUGCAUUUGAAGGCACGCACGCGGACCGCAGCACCUCCGACCGCCAGCCAGAGUCCUACUACGGGAGCGCUUGGGGCGGCUACGGCUAUGGAAAUCCCUACGCAGCCGCGCCGCCUUACAAUCCCUAUGGGCCCUAUGGAACCAGUACGCGGCCUACGGAGGAUAUGGCUAUGCGCCGCCGCCUCCACCAGAUGAAAGAGUUCGAGUUGCUCUUGGAGAAAGUCGCUGUGAGGCACCAUCUGGAGAUGUCGGAGCUUAAGAGCGAAAUCACCAGGCUUCAGGGGGAACUGGCCGCCGCAGAAGCCUCCCGAAGCCAGCCGCCGAUUGAGUUCACCACCUCCCCCAGCAAGGUGGUGGAGUUUGAUCCGAACGAGCUUGAACUUGGAUCCCAUCCGAACGAGCAAGGACCCAGCCCACUCGGCCGAACGGCUGUUGAGCUGGAGGCUUACGCAGACUACCAGUACAAAUCGCCCUCCAACCGCAGGAGGCCGUUGGGGUUGAAGUUCAUGAACUCCGCGGAGUCGCCCCACUUCUCCACCGCAGUCAUGGCAAGGAUCUUGCGGCAUCCCCUCUUCGACGUGGUGAUGUGCACGAUCAUUUGCAUCAACACCAUCGUGUUUGCUAUGGAGGCUCAGUACCGAGGACUUACCUUGGAAGGUGUCUUGGGCUUCAAGGGGGUCACGCCUCAAGAGAACCUAUGGCCUGGCGCAGAUGAAGUCUUUGAGAUCUUGGAAUGGUUCUUCGGUGUCAUCUACACCUUGGAGGUGGUCUUCAAGCUUUGCGUGCUCGGCCCAAAACAGUUUUGUCUGGACCUUUGGAACUGGAUGGACACAACCAUCGUUUUGGUCUGGGUCAUCAGCAAGGUCUUGGGUCAAUCGAUUCCGGUGAACUCCCAAAUCUUGCGACUCUUCAGGAUCUUUCGGCUUUUUCGCUUGCUACGACUAGUGCGACGGAUUCAGCAAUUUGAUCAUUUGUUCAUGAUGACCACGGCCAUCCGUGGAAGUGUUGGGAUUUUAGCCUGGACCAGUGCGGUGCUUUUCGUGGUCCAUUUGCUCUUGGCACUUCUGGUGCAACAGUCGCUCUUCUAUUUCUAUUUCGAGGAUGAAAAUAUCACGCGAGAAGACAAGAUGCAGAUCUUCGAGUACUUUGGGACCUUCACUCGAGCCUUGUUGACGUUUUUCGAGCUCACCUUAGCCAACUUCGCCGUGCCCACGAGGGUCAUGGUAGAGAAGGUCACCGAGUGGUGCAUGGUCUUCUGCAUCAUGCACAAGCUUACCGUGGGCUUUGCUGUGAUCGGCGUCAUCAAUGGUGUGCUGAUGCAGGAGACCUUUAAGGUGGCGCAAGCAGACGACCUCGUCAUGCUCCGGACACGGCAGAAGGCGGUGGCCACCCACGUGGAUAAGAUGCGACAGUUCUUCGAAGAGGCAGACACCUCCAAGGAUGGUCGAAUCGAUUUCCAAGAGUUUGAGGCCAUCAUGCAGAAUAAGGAGGUGAAGAUUUGGCUCUCUGCAAUGGAGCUCGACGUCCGCGACGUCAGGCAGCUCUUCGACUUGUUGGACCGGACAGGGGACUCAGAUGGUACGCUCUCCGCAGAGGAGCUGGUCAUGGGCAUCGCGAAGCUCAGGGGCCCUGCGCGGAGCAUUGACAUCAAUGCUGUGAUGUUUCACCAGGAGAAAUUCGAGAAAGAGCUGGAGAACAUGAAGAAUGACCUCCAGCGGUUGUUUACCAGCAGGAGCUUUGGCCUGGGGAAGCAAAGUCCCGGCCGAUUGCAGGAGAUGUACAAGAGGGGCAAUUCGAACACAUCCUCAUUGCAGUCCUCCAAGCCAGAUCCCUUCUCACCGGCCGAAGCGCCGAUUGAGGAGGAGAGCGACGCGAAAGCGAGUCCCGACGAUGUGGGCUUUCGGAUCUAG